AUGAGCCGGUCCUUGAUGAGUCGCCUUCCUCAGGCACUUGCCCUUUUUGCGGGCUGUCUUAGUGUUUCUGCAGCUCAAUCUUCCGCUGAGGACUUAUGGCCACUUCAAACUUAUAAGAGCUCUUCAAUCCAGACGCCCGUUAUGAAUGUCACAAAGAUGGGCCAGACGGAACCAGGAUAUCUCUUCUUCACCCCCGAGGAUAUAAUUCGUGGUGACGGUUACCCGGCGAUAUACUCUGAUGACGGCCAAUUGGUCUGGCAAGGGCCCAAUGCGAGCUACUCAGCCCUCCAGCCACAGAUGCUGGACGGUGAGCCCGUUAUUGCUCUGUGGACCGGGUAUGCCGGUCAAGGCUUUGGAUUUGGGCACAUCAGCAUUCUAAACAGUUCAUACGACGAGAUCCACCGGGUCACCCUGAGCUGCAAGGAACAGAACUUUGUCACCGUCUUUGAAUCAAUGGAGUUUGACUCUUGCAUCGAUAUCCAUGAAAGCCAGUUUACCGACAGCGGCACUAUAUUGGUCACUGCAGUGAAUGUCACACAGGCUGAUUUGAGCUCAGUCGGUGGACCUAAAGAUGGUUGGAUUCAGGAUGGUCUUAUCUAUGAAAUCGAUAUCAAGACCAACGAGAUUUUGUUCCGUUGGAGUACGCAUGAACAUCUUGACGAGGCUCCUUUGAGCGAGGUCUAUGCUCCACUUGAGGGCUCCGGUGGUAAUAAGACCGAUCCCUAUGGAUAUCCUCAUCUCAACGCUGUCUACAAGUAUGGCGACGACUAUCUCGUGUCCUCGCGAUAUAUGUGCAGUGUUUUCUUCAUUGCUCCCAACGGUACCCUCAACUGGCACCUUCAUGGCCGAACCGGCGGUGAUUUCCAUCUGGGCCUCGGGACCAGCUUCUGCUACCAGCACGAUGUCCGGUUCGAGUCGCAAACACCCGAACGUGUGACUUUGAGCAUGCACAACAAUGAUAACACCGAUUUCACUGGUGCAACAGCCCUCACUACCGGCCUUGUCCUGGACGUCGAGCUGCAGGGAUCCAAGCAGGUGACCCUCAAGAGUCGAAUGUGGGAUGCCGAUGAGCCGGUAUACGCUCAGUCGCAAGGUAGUUACCAGGUUCUUGGAAACGGACACGUUCUUCAAGAUCACGGUGCUACACCCAAGAUUGAGGAGUAUGAUGAGAAUGGUCGGAUCGUGAUGCGUGCUCGUUUCGGUUACGAUAAUACCAUGCAGACCUACCGCGCUUACCGGUAUCCCUGGGUUGGCCGGCCCUCCACCAAGCCUAGUGUGGUUGCUUGCCCGUCUAGCAAGAGUGGGAAGACGGCUGUGUAUGUGAGUUGGAAUGGAGCAACUGAUGUACAGUCGUGGAAGGUGUACUCUGGUUCUCAAGUGAAGAAGACUGCCACACGGAACGGCUUUGAGACUACUAUUCUCGUGGAUGGUCUGUCAAGCAAGGAUCAGAUUGUCGUCGAGGCUGUGGGUGGUGUUAAUGAUGGCGAGAGAUCUGCUACUGUCACUAUUGGGCAGGGCUGCUAG